AUGGCUGAGGGCUCCUCAGAACCGCCUGACAUUAAUCAAGAUGGGACCUCACAUCAAAAGCCACAUCAACGCAAGUCUAAAAGAGGUCGGCCCAGACACAGUAAUGACAGAAACCUGGAUAGUAACAGCUACGACCCGUCCCCACAGUAUGGACCCUCCUACCCGGGCUUUAAACAGCCCUACGGCUACAAUAAUGUAAAUUAUGCUGAGCCGCAUCCUCCCUACCAAGGAGAGGAUGCGUCCAGGAGGAGAGGCAGAGGAAGGGGAAGGAGAGAAGAAGGCAGGGGAGGUUUAAAUGGACAUUUUGGUUACCCGGGCCCCAUGUGGCUAAAGCCUGCCGGGGAUUUUGGGCAGUACGGUCCAGGUAGCCGGUAUGCGGGUGGCUACCAGUCCGAUGGACCCAGCUGGCGGAGAGAGAGCGCAAACAGGGAUUCGGAUCAAACCAACAGACGGCAGCAGGAUGCUCAGGCUAGAAAAAGCAGGAACCUCGACCAGGAACGGGGGAACAGAGGCAACAACACGGCGGCGGUAGGUCAGAGGUCACACGGCGUCAAAGGAGAAGACCCUGCUUCAGAAACCUCCGAUAAAAGUCGACAACAUUACGACAAUCAGAGGAAACGCCAAGGACCAAUCAAACCACCAAAGCCGCCCCAUCCGGAGGAGUCGGGCUCAGAGAGGGGGGCCGACCCCCGCCGGACCCCUCAGGAACCGCCCGGUAAAGCUGGGAAAGGAUUGGGGCGAAACAGCCCCCAUCAGGUCAGGGGGGGGAGGAGAAUGAACCCCCAAAGCCACAAACCCAGCCAGAGGAGCUUGGACCAGAUGCCCAAGAGCAAAGAGACUCAGACGGGAUGCCUGAUUGAACAGCUGUCUGAGGAGAAAUACGAGUGCAUGGUGUGCUGCGACGUGAUCCGGGCCAUGGCCCCGGUGUGGAGCUGCCAGAGCUGCUUCCACGUCUUCCACCUCAACUGCAUCAAGAAAUGGGCGCGCUCCCCGGCCUCGCAGGCAGAUGACUCUGCUGAGGGCUGGCGCUGCCCGGCGUGCCAGAACGUGGCGGCGAAACACCCCGCCACCUACCUCUGCUUCUGUGGUAAAGUGACCAACCCCGAGUGGCAGCGCACGGAGAUCCCCCACAGCUGUGGGGACAUGUGUGGGAAGAAGAGGGGAGGAGCCGACUGCAACCACCCCUGCAACAUCUUGUGCCACCCGGGUCCGUGCCCUCCGUGUCCGGCCUUUGUGACGAAGUCCUGCGUCUGCGGGAGGACGAGUCAGCCGAUGCGCUGCGGCCAGGCGGCGGCGCUCCAGUGCGGCGCCGUGUGCGACGCCGCGCUCAACUGCGGCCAACACCGCUGCACAAAGGUGUGCCACGGCGGGGUGUGCCAGCCCUGCCAGCUGCAGGUCCAGCAGGUUUGCUACUGCGGUGCGACCACUCGCACGGUCCCGUGCGGCUCGGACACGGAGGGGUUCGACGGCUCGGGAUAUUUCUGCUGCCAGAAGCCGUGCGGGAGGCCGCUGGAGUGCCAGGCGCACCGGUGCCUGCAGCCCUGCCACCGGCAGCCGUGCGCCCCGUGCCCCCGGGCGCCCGGGCGGGUCCGGGCCUGCCCCUGCGGCCAGACGCCGCUGGCCAAGCUGCUGGAGCUGGGCUACGCCGAGCGCCGCAGCUGCUCCGAGCCCAUCCCGUCCUGCGGGAAGACCUGCAGCAAACCGCUGCCCUGCGGCUCCAGCGACACCAUCCACCUCUGCGAGAGUCUGUGCCAUGAGGGCGGCUGCGGGCCCUGCUCGCUGACCUCCACUAUCAGGUGUCGCUGUGGCUCCAACACCAAGGAGGUCCCGUGUGCCAAAAUCCAAAAAGAAGACCAGCUGGUGUUCACCUGCGAGCGGCGGUGCAACAAGAAGCGCUCCUGCGGGCGCCACAAAUGUGGCGAGCUGUGCUGCGUGAAUUCGGAGCACAAGUGCCCCCUGAUCUGCGGUUACAAGCUGGGCUGCGGCCUCCACCGCUGCCAGGAGCCCUGUCACCGUGGAAACUGCGAGCCCUGCUGGCAGUCCAGUUUCGACGAGCUGACGUGUCACUGCGGCGUGUCCGUUCUCUACCCCCCCGUCUCCUGCGGCACCAAGCCGCCCGAGUGCAAAAACCUGUGCACACGCAGACACGAGUGCGACCACCCGGUGUUCCACAACUGCCACAGCGAGGACAAGUGCCCCCCCUGCACAUACCUCACCCAGAAGUGGUGCAUGGGGAAGCAUGAGCAACGCAGCAACAUCCCGUGUCACCUGCAGGACAUUUCCUGCGGCCUGACCUGCAACAAAGUCCUCCCCUGUGAGAUGCACCGCUGCAGGCGGCUGUGCCACCGGGGGGAGUGCCUGCCGGAGGGCGGCUGCCUGCAGCCCUGCACGCUGCCCCGCCCAGACUGCGGCCACCCGUGCUCCGCCCCCUGUCACCGAGGCAACUGCCCGCCCACCUCCUGCUCCGCCAAGGUGGCGCUGCAGUGUGGCUGCGGGCGGAGGAAGGAGACGGUCGCCUGCACAGAGGCAGCCAGUUCCUAUCAGAGGUACGCGGCCAUCGCCAUGGCGAGCAAGCUGUCGGACAUGCAGCUGGGCGACUCCAUGGACAUCGGCCCGCUCCUCACCAAGAAGGAGCUCAAACAGGCCAGGCUGGAGUGUGACCAGGAGUGCGCCACUUUGGAGAGGAACCGGCGGCUGGCGGAGGCUUUGCAGAUCGACUCCUCCUCCGACCCCUUCAACGUGCGCUCCACCUCCAUUUACAGCGACAGCCUCAAAGAGGACGCCAGAAAAGACCCGAAGUUCGUCACGGAGGUCGAAGAGGAGCUCAGGAACCUCGUUGAGCUCGUCAAUAAGGGGAAGCAGCUGAAGAGGAGCCACUGUUUCCCGCCCAUGAACCGGGAGCACCGCAAAAUCAUCCACGAGCUGUCGGAGGUCUACGGCGUGGAGAGCGUGAGCUACGACAGCGAGCCCAAGCGCAACGUGGUCCUCACCGCCCACAGGGGGAAGUCGGCCUGUCCAAACUCCAGCCUGACAUCCCUGAUAGAGCGGGAGACGGUGGCCAGGGCGCCCCCCCCCAUCGCCCACAUCAAACAGUUCAGCAGCAAGGCCGAGAGUGGAAACACCUGGUCCAAGAUGGUGAAAGAGGAGCCUGUGAUAGAUUAUUUUGAUGUCCAGGACUGAGACGAGAUUCGGCCGGGAAACCAAAAGGAAACGGCAGGAUCUCCUCUCUCAGUUCAUCACAGACGCGAUGAUUCCUCUGGCUGCAUAAUCAAAUAGUUUUAUUUUUGGAAGUGUCUCUUUGGUUGGGCAGAUCUCCCGAGACCAACCCACCCAAAUGUGACGGGAGUCAAACGUCCACUCGAAUCUCUCUGAAAGUCCAUCAAGACUCGCACACAUUUUCAGGCUGGUCGUGUCCAAAGCUGCUUUCUCUCCUCUGCUUCCCAUGUUUGCAGUUUAAUAAAAAACCUUCAUUCUUUAUUGAGGGACUGCCUGCGUUUGUUGGUUUUAAGGUAUCGCUUUUGGAACGCGCUCGGUGCUCUCUGCGGUUUAAGGUCCUGAAAAAGUAUGUCAGGCCGUUUUUUGAGGGCCGGAUCCGUGUUGUUUCUGCUGGUGCGGAGCCAGGGCUCCGGCGGUGAGCCGACGGGAGUCCGUGGGCGGGGAGAGGUGGGCUGCACUGCGGAGAGAAAAGCUUUGUUUGGAACUCAGCUCUGACCCAAAUCCCGGGCUGUCAUCUCUGAAAACUCUUCCCCAGAAAGAGCGGAAAGUGUUUCCAGGUCAGCCUGAGCUGCAGUUCUGAAGCUUGUUUUGGAGAACUCAAAAGCCCUGCAGGGCCCAGUGAUGGGUCUAAACCUUCCUAUGUCCCAGCACAUGCCUGCUACGUGGAAAUGGAUGUAAGGAUUUAAGCUAACGGUGGGUCAUGUUAAAGUGUAGAUCUGCUUUACAUUUUAAGGCAAAAAUUCUACAUCCAGACCCAUUCGUUUUCUAGUCUCCACCGUUUCCGGAAGUCUGAUCUGGGCCCUUCAUCCUCCACCGUGUGACGAUGGUGAUCUGAAAGGAAGAGGACUCGCCUGGACGAAGGAGAGCCAACUCAGACAGAGAAAAAUCACAAACCUGGUAGUUUGUUUAAUGUAAUUUGCACAAGAACAGCCUUUAUUAGCCUUUAUAGCUCCAGCUAAAACUUAGCCUCCCUUUACAAGAUUAGCCAAAAGCCUAUAUCUUCUUUCCCACCCAGUUUCUACGUCUUUCUACAUUUUAUUUUUUGUGCCUUGAAUGGAGAAGUUGAAGCUGUUUAUUUAGCUCAAAAUACAUUAAAACACACAGAUCUUGUAAGGCUUUACAAGACUAUUCGACACGUGAAUCUGAUUUGUAAUUAGCUCUCUUGACUCUUGAUUUAAAAUGUUUCAUAAACACACAUGACUCAGUAUUUGAGGAUAAAAUUGCCAGUUGAGUACUUUUCUUUUGCUCUCCAGUGGGAUCUGAGAUCUCAGCUUAUUGAGUACCGACUCUCUCACUCCACAAUUUUAUGCUCCAAGUACCGUCAAGUAAGUACUGCAGAUAUAAAAGAAAAAGAAAAGACAUGGAGGGUCGAAGUGGAGGCGAGUGGGUCACUCCACCCCCUGAAAUGAUUUGCUUGAGCAGAGGUGUAAUUUGAUGGUGGGGAAAAAAGGAGCUGCUGUUCUUUGUCUUUGUCCCUUUGACCGAAGCCCAUUUCAGACAUUUCAUACAAACCUCAGGAAGAGACGACUGGACAAAAUGGGCACCGGGCGCCUCCUUUAAAAUGUCCAUGUUUGUUUCUUGUUUUCGGUUAUUUGUAUUUAAUCCAUUCUCAUUUAGCAAAUGCUGUUUUUUAAAAGAUAAAACAGUAAUCUAAG